AUGGCGCGAGGCGAGGCCAUCCGCGUGAGCGAAGCGAACCUCACUCGCAGAGUGAGCGCAGCGAACCUCACUCGAAGAGUGACCGGCGCUGUCGGCGCGCGCCGCGCGGCGCUGGCCGGUGCCGCGGCGUUAUUGCUGGUGGCGUGCGGCGGUCUGGACGACGGCCUGUACGCACGCAUCGUCACCGAUGAGGGGCGCAUCCUGGUGCGCCUCCACGAAGAACGGGCGCCGCUGCCGGUCGCCGCGUUCGUGGGGCUGGCCGAGGGGGUACUGGGGCCGGACCGGUUCUACGACGGCUCGAUCGUGGAGAUCGCCUCCGAACAGCUCGUCAUGUCCGGCGGUGUGCGCGGGCGAGGUCUUGGCAGGCCGGAUUGGGAGAUUCCCGAUGAGUUUCAUCCGGAGCUGCGCCACGACCGGCCCGGCGUGGUGUCGCUCCUCACCGAGGGGCCGCACACCGGCAGCAGCCGCUUCGUGAUCACCAGACGCGCGGCCCCGGAGCUGGACGAGGUGUAUCCGGUGUUUGGGGAGGUGGUGGACGGGCAGGAAGUGCUCGACACGCUGCGGCGCGGCCAGACUCUGCAGCGGGUCCGCAUCGUGCGCGUGGGGCCCGCGGCACGCGCCUACCGCGUCGACGGCCCGGGAUUCGCCGAGCUGCGAUCUCAGGUCGCCCAGGAGCUGCUGCGCCAGGUCCUGCAGCGCCACGAGAGAGAUGCGCGCCGAGUUCCGCCGCCGCUGGCCGGAUGCCGUCGCCACCGAGUCAGGGCUGCUGUACGUGGUCCACAGCCAGGGCGAAGGGCCGACGCCGGACUUCGGGGCCAAGGUGCUGCUGCGCUACACGGAAGCCUGGUCGACGGCACGCAGUUCGGGACGUCGGGCAUCGAGCCGAUGGAGUUCACGAUCGGCGCGGUGGUGAAGGGGCUGGAGGAGAUGCUCCUGGCGAUGCGCCGCGGCGGGCGCCGCACCGUGCUGAUCCCGCCCGACCUGGGCUACGGCGCGAUGGGCGUGCCCGGCACGGUGCCGCCGCGCGCCUUCCUGAUCUUCGACGUGGAGUUGGUCGGCUUCAGUAACUGA